GUGACAGCGGCUGCCAAGCGGCUACAACCGUUCUCUUCUUGACCUCCUUCUCUUCUAAACCUUCUUCACAUUCAUGGACAAGCCAAAACGAAAGCGGCUUGCAAAGGCCUGCGACGGCUGCCAUAAAAGCAAGAGGAGAUGCGACGGAACAGAUCCUUGCAGCAAUUGUUACUUCGCGAGCAAGCCAUGUACCUAUACCGACUCCAGCGGUCGUCCUGUCCCACCCCCCCGCCAGCCGGACACGCAGCCAACGCAGCAAUAUCAGUUCCCACAGCCUUCUCAGUCGUAUCCAAGCCCUUCAGGUCGUAAACGUUCUCAUUCCGAGGCAGCUCCAGAGACCCUGGACCCCUUGAUGACGAGGGAACUUACGAACCUAUUUUUCACUCACUGUCAUCCCGCUAUGACGAUAAUGCACAAGCCGACCUUCACUUCAUCCCUGUCACACAACCAGAUACCCCCGUAUCUCCUGCACGCUGUGUCUGCCAUUGCCGCUCCCUUUUCUAAGCAGACCUCGCUUAAAACGACACCGCAACGACACGCAGGCAGGCGGUUCGCUGAUGCCGCCAUCUCCCUGAUGUUUGACUCCGGCGGUCGUCUUACCGCGUCUGCCACUGUUCAAACUGCUCAAGCUCUAUGCCUGCUCUACUUUUACGAGGUCGUAGAUCAAAAAGGCUACAUGUCUGACACUACGCGCAAAGAUAAAAGCCACUCCGGGUGGAUCACAGGAGAACGAUUUCGAACCCUGACGUUGCAACUGAUCCAAGCCCUCAAUGUACACACCCCCGAACAUCCUCUUCUCACGCCCACGCCAACUCAGGCUUAUGUCUCGGAAAGUCUUGAGCGUGAAUGUGUUCGUCGGAUAUUCUGGAUAAUUUAUUUUGUUGAUUGCAUACGCGGUGUGUAUUAUGGAUGGGAAGGGGGUGGCAUGACACGAUCAUCACCAAGUGGCAGGGGCCUCAGUAUUGGAGGUGGUGUCAUGGGCUUUAGCGAAGCCGAACUUCGACUUCGCCUACCUGCCGAUGAGACUAGCUUCGAACUGGGCGUCGUCCAUCAAAGCUUACCGGAAUAUUUAUACUUGCCCUCCGUUCGUACACACUAUGCCUCAGAAAUGGGGCAUCUGACCCGGGUCGCGACCCUCUACCAGAAAAUAGAAGCCGCAAUGGACACGCUGCAAGAUCCUCAAACCCGAGACAUACUUAUGGAGUGUCGGAAAUUUUUGGACGAAUGGGCAUCUGCCUUGCCCACUCAUCUUCAAUUCACGAACCAGUGUCUGACAGUUCAGAAGUCUAUGUUUGAAACAAGCUCGAACUUCGGUGCUUGGUGCUUUGCUUGCAUUCAUGUACUCCAUGCAAGCUGUGCACUAGCUCUACUAGUAGCGACACAAAGGUUUGCUGAGCAAGAUCAUCAACCAAUCGAAGUCCCGGAUUUCAGCUUCAUUACGGAUCGCAUAUACGCCGUCAUGGAGAUGCUCGGUUGUAGGGCCAAAUAUAGCCUCAUUCAGGGUUCUGUCAUAUGGGUACAUGCAAUCCUUCCAUAUUCAUUGAUACUGAGUUAACGGUCCCCUAGCCUUUGAUCAAAUAUUUGAACAUGACGGACGACCAGCAAGUCCUAGAUUGGCUCGACGCUUACGAGGAACUGACGGGUGUUCGGAUGGAGAGGCUCAUACGCGACAGAUGGGGCACUCCAGAUGUGUGUUCCACCUUGGGUCUCGUACGGCGCCAGGGCCCCUCCGGUUCAACGACGUAUUCAACACCAAAACCUGAUCGGCAUACAAAUCCCGAUAUUGACCCUACACUACUGCCCCUCACAGAACGGAAUAAUUCCGCCGAGCUACCUAUUCCUAUGUA